AUGAAGUCCGUGGAUUUGUACGACCCAUUCCAGAAGAAAAGAAGGAUGCGAUCAUCGGCGAUUGCUCAGCAUAAUCUACAUGUAUCUAGUGAGGAUGUAGUUCAUAGCAUCUUGGAGCCAGGGAGAGAGGAGCGCACUUACUACAACCCUUUCAUGGUUUGUUCAAGCAUGGGUGAAUAUCUAGAUGUCCUGUCAGCCCAUGAUGGGUUGCAAGACGGUAAAAGAUUGAAGAUGAACUCUGAACCGGCAGAUGACGACCGGUCACUGGACCUGGGAUUUCCUUUGUCAGAUUAUGACCAGAUGACCGACAACCACGACCAACAACAAUCAGACAUGUUGGAUAUGCAAUUUCCCACCUUGUCUGAUGAUGACCGGUCAAAUGGUGAGAUGUUGGAUUUGGGAUUUCCUCCACAGCCGGAUGAUGAAGAUGUGCUUGAUUUGGGCUUUGAUAUUGACCUCUGUGAUCCGGCCGGCAACACAGGCAUGUCGCUGGAAUCUACAUCUCAUAAAUUGACACUCAUUUGA